AAUUAUCCUGUAUUCCCAGUCAUCCAGCGUACUUGUCAACGGUGUCCGGUUAGAGACAGCCUCUCUUAAUUUUAACACUAACUGGAACCUCAGCUUGGACUUGGCGACUGACCUGGGUCUGUCUGGGCUUGUUUUCAGACUGAACCAUCCCACACUUUGGAAAGAGAGUGUUGUGUGGUGAGCCACGUGUACAGGAACUGGACCUGGAGGAACCAGCGAAGGUCUGUUUGACUAGAAAGUUACUACUGGUAUUAACAGCUAACUGCCCUGCUUUGACCUUUCAUCCAGAGGUAAACAUGGCUGUUUGGAGGAAACUGUGGUGCAGAAACCUCCUGGCUGUUUCUCUGCUUUUCUACAUGCUCCUUCACAUCAUCGAUGUGCACGCACGGCCAGCCAACAUGUCAGCCUCUAAAGAUAAGUCUCCACCCAGCAAAGACGAGAACGAGAUUCUUCCCCCAGAUCACCUGAACGGGUUGAAGAUGGAGCUGGAUGGCCACCUCAAUAAGGACUUCCAUCAGGAGGUUUUUCUGGGGAAGGAGAUUGAGGAGUUUGAGGAGGAUUCAGAGCCGAGGAGGAACAGAAAGAAGCUUAUUGAAAUUUUUACCAAGGUCGACUUCAACAGGGACAGGAGCAUAAGUGCCAAGGAAAUGCAGCGCUGGAUUAUGGAGAAGACGGAGGAGCACUUUCAGGAAGCCAAGAAGGAGAACAAGAACAGUUUCCGUGCUGUCGAUCCAGACGGCGAUGGUCACGUGACAUGGGAUGAAUACAGAGUGAAGUUUCUGGCCAGCAAAGGUUUCAAUGAGAAAGAGAUUGCAGAGAAAAUAAAGAAUAACGAAGAUCUGAAACUGGAUGAGGAAACUCAGGAGGUCCUGGAAAGCCUGAAGGACCGCUGGUUUCAGGCUGACAACCUUCCAGCUGACCAGCUGCUGAAUGAGGAGGAGUUCUUGUCUUUCCUUCACCCUGAGCACAGCAGAGGCAUGCUCAAGUACAUGGUCAAGGAGAUUGUGCGUGACUUAGACCAGGACAGCGAUAAGAGGCUGACACUGUCGGAGUUUAUUUCUUUGCCCGUGGGCACUGUGGAGAACCAGCAGGCUGCAGAGAUCGAAGAUGAGUGGGUCAGAGAGAGGAAGAAGGAGUUUGAGGAAGUCAUUGAUUCGAACCGCGACGGCAUCGUAACCAUGGAUGAGCUGGAGGAGUACAUGGACCCGAUGAAUGAGCACAACGCUUUGAAUGAGGCCAAGCAGAUGAUCGCUGUUGCAGACGAGAACCAGAACCAUAGCUUGGAGCUGGACGAGAUUCUCAAGUACAGCGAGUACUUCACAGGGAGCAAGCUCAUGGAUUAUGCCAGAAACGUACACGAGGAGUUCUGAAAACAGAUCCGGCGUGAGGGACAAACCUGGAAGAUUGGCGACGAGAUGAUCAAGAUGUUCUAGUGUGCAAUUCUGUAUUUAAAAAGCCUAGAAUCAGCAGCCUCUGUCACUGCUGAGUCCAGUUAACACACUCCUCCUUCAACCCUGGACCAGUGAAGCUAACACAGUUUGCCUUUUGCGUGCCAUUGGACUGUUUGAAGUGUUCUUCAUUUUAAAUUUAAAAGCGCUGCACCGAUUCCAAAAUUAUUAUUUUUUAAACAGUGAAAUGUGUGUAUAUGAGGAAUUUUCAUUGCUGGUGCAGUGGUGAGAGAGAUUGAGCAGUUAGGUGAGCUGUUUUUCUGCAGGAUCUGUUGUCUGUAUACAGUGUAAAUAUUCACAUUUAUCACACACAAUGUGUCUGUCAGUGGGAAAGAUAAUGGUGCUGAAGGGUGUGACGCUUAGAGAGACACUAAUGGAGUAAAAGAGUAUAUUUGUGCGACAAGAUAUAUCACAUAAUUGCCCAAACUUAAAGAAUUUCAUUUUUAGUGUAGUAUAGUUCCACCGCUUUCCACAUUAGGUCGAGUCCGUCCUUCCACUGUACUUAAAAACAGGGUGUUUAUGUAUUUAAACAGAAAAAGUAAAUAAGAUUAGAAUAGAAAUAUAAGAAGAACUUAAACUAAAAAAAUCUGUUUGUUGAAAAAGAUUAAUAUAUGAGUAUAUUUUGAAGGAAACUCAAAAGCAGCAUCUAAUCAUGUCAUUUCACCUAGGUGUCCGUUUCUAAAUCUUUACUACAACCACUCUAAUUCAGACUUAAUGUUUAGAUGUGGAAGAAGAAUACCUUAUAUAUAAAUAUAUAUAUUAUUAUUUUAUUUUAUUUUUUAUUUUUUGUGCAUCUUUGAACGUCAUGCAGACGUGUACUCAUUUAGUCCUGGUGUCUUGGGUCUUAUUUACCUCUUGAAUCUUUAAAUGCUCACAGUCGAUCCAUAUAAUUGAUUUUCAGCUGCAUGGACAAUUAUCGGAUUUAACAAUUUUCGCUGCAUUUCUGUUUCCAGUAACCUGUGGAGUGUUGGCAUCCCGCUGCAGUCUUUUCUGUCCUCCGUGCGAUUGUAAAAUAAGAUUUAUGAUAAGAGAAUGUGACACAGCUUUACAAAAUGUACUGCAAAUAUGCCAUAAACAAUAAAUAUUUCUUAUCAACUGA